ACAUAGUUUUAUGCUGCGCCUGCGAUCUCUAAAUGAAGCGUUGACAUAAUUAUGAUCUAUAUUUUCGUGUUAUAUGUUAUUUUAUAGGUCUUUAGCCUUGUUGAGGAGCAGAUCUAUUUUAACCAAUAGAAACAUGGGAUGACUGAAAACCCACCUUUUUUGUUUUUUUUUUGACGUUUGUUGGUAGUUUAUGUGUCAAAACUGUCAAAUGUCAAGCAAUAAAUUAUUUAUUGUUUAUUUUCUGUGAUUAUAUUUUUGGUAUGAGGAUGACGGCAAUGUAGGAACAAUCUUCGAAGGUUUUGCCUAUUUCUAUCGACUAAAUGUGUCAUACAAAUAUGAUAUAUGAUAUGAUUUGAGAUAAUUUGGUAACAGGUAGAUUUUGUUGACGAAUCAUAUACAACCAAAUUUUUCAUUUUUAAAACUAAGAAUUUUAAAGAUAAAUUUAUCAAGAUGAGAUGGUAAAACAUAUUUUAUUUAAACAAAUUAUAUUACAUGUAUCAGUUGGAUGGUUUAUAUGUCAGGGACAAUGGAAGGAAACAGUAGAGGAGAUACUAAAAAUAGGGAUAUAGACUGGUCCAAAUAUGGACUUGGUAAUGAAACUGCACAAAGAGUGAGAGCAAAUACUAGUGGAUUUGUAGAUUUAUCGACAGAUGGGCAUUAUGCCGCAGGUGGACAUCAGGCAUCAGGUGCAAAUGAAUUAUUUGCAGAAGAGCAAGGGGAUAUUCCAUGGUGGAAGUCAAACUUCUUUAUAUCGCAGCCUGUUCUGUUUGGUACUUGGGAUGGCGUUUUUACUUCCUGCCUAAUUAAUAUAUUUGGAGUUAUUGUAUUUCUACCAGGAUGGAUAGUAAGCCAGGCUGGAGUAGUGAGUGGUGUAUUGAUAGUGUUAGCAACAGUUGGUACUGCUUUAAUCACAGUAUUAUCAGCAGUAGGAAUAUGUGAGAGAUGCCGGAUAGAAAGUGGGGGAGUUUAUUUUGUAUUAGGACAUGUACUUGGAUCUAGAUUUGGAGGUUCUUUAGGAUUAUUAUAUUGCUUUGGCCAGGCUGUGGGUUGUGCACUUAAUGUAUUAGGUUUUGGCGAAUCACUCGCAGAGCUAAUAGGAUUUGGAGAUUCUACAUGGGCAGUUAGAAUUAUAGCUAUAACUGCAGUUAUUUUGUUAAGUAGCAUUAAUAUAGCAGGAGUGAAAUGGGUGAUAAAGCUUCAGUUUAUUUUAUUACUAAUUUUGUUAUUAGCUGGGCUUGAUUUUAUGGUUGGCAGCUUUAUAUACAAAGAUAAUAGUGAAGGUUUUGAUGGUUGGUGGAGCAGCAAUAAUAUACAACUAAAUUUAUGGUCAAACUACACAGAUGGUUAUAGUAUGUUCGCAGUGUUUGGCGUUUUUUUUCCAACUAUAACUGGUGUAUUAGCCGGUAUUAACAUGAGUGGCGAUUUAAGGGCUCCUUCGACCAAUAUACCCAAUGGAACUUUGGCAGCUAUUAGUUUUGGGACAUUUUUGUACUUGGUUUUUAUUGUUUUCUUGGGUGCUACAUGCCAAAGAAAGUUCUUGCAGCAGGAUUAUAUGAUUGCUGCUAAAGUUUCUGCCAUAGGAUUUCUGUUUUUAGCCGGAUUGUAUGUAUCUUCUAUGUCAAGUUGUUUAGGUGCAAUGUAUGGUACCCCACGGGUAUUGCAAUCUAUUGCAUUGGAGAAUGUAAUUCCUGGUAUUGGAAUAUUAGGAAUGGGGCGUGGCCCAAAUAAAGUGCCUCUAUACUCUAUGGCUAUGGUAGCAACAGUAACGUUUGCCUUUAUUCUAGUAGGUAAUAUUAACACCCUUGCACCUAUUGUAACGAUGCCGUAUCUACUAACGUAUGCUUGCAUUGACUACUCGUACUUUGCGUUAGCUCAAACCUUUGAUUUACAACAUCAAAGGGAACAACGUUUUCAUCGUCCAAGAGUUCAAGCCACUGUUAGCGUGGAUUAUGAAACUGACGAUUUAGAUAGGUUGUUUCCAGAACGUACGAGACAUAAAAAUUUGAGGGGUGAAUCUAGUUCAAAUUCACCGUCUACCCCAGUAGAUUCUGAGACUACUCCUAUUGCACCAAAGAACCAUAUACAUUCAAAGCAGAAAAAUUGGUAUUCUCAUUUGUGUAACAGAUGGCUUUCACUUGCCGGUGUCCUAAUAAAAAUUCUAAUUAUGUUCUUAGUAAGUUGGGUGUAUGCAGUGGCUUGUAUAGGCGUGGUGUUUUUGGUAUGGCUGUAUAUUGGAACCGCCAAUCCUGCUGUGAAACCUGGUUUAGCUAGUGAAUUUCAUUUCUUGAGAUGGUUUAAGAAUGUUGUUUUAAGAUGCUGUGGAAAAAGGGUAGCGGAUUAUGAACAGAUAAUAGUGACCCCAGUACACCCUAGGCUUGAUCUAUCAACCGCACAAUUAAAUGAAGACAAUGAGGACUUCUCAAAUAGAAGAAGAUACCAUCAGUCCGCAACAGUUUCUGGUCACAUGGUUGAGAUGGAUGACUAAUGCAAUUUCUACAUAAAAAAACAUUUAUUUUUUUAAUCAUUAAUUUUGUUACUCUUUUACAUAUUUAAAAUAUAUAUUGACUAAUUUUUCA